AUGGACACGCCUGCCCCUACGCAGCCGGACGCGUCGGCGCCGCCGCCGCCGCCCUCAACCGCGGCUGCGGCUCCCCCUGCCGCGCCGUCGACCAAUCCCGCGCCUCCCGUUUCCACCGCCGCGCAACCCACCUCCGACCCCACCCCUGCUCCUGCCCCUGUUCCCGCUCCCGCUCCCGCCCCAGCACCAGCGCCCGCCCCCGCCCAAACCCUAGAGCCCCCAACUCCGAUCCCCGCCACCGCCCGGCCGCCGGCGCCUCGCAUGAGGCCUCCGUACACCCACCUAGCCUCGCCCAUCACGAUGUCCUCCUCCUCCUCUGCCGCCGCAGCAGGGCCCUCCUCCACGACUUCUGCAAUGGCAAGGGGAGGGGUUGCCAUCGGGUUGCCUGCGCACCCGCGUGGGGCGCAGACGCCCAUGGGCUAUACGGGGUUCGUGCCUCCGCCGCCGCUCGCUCACCAGUUCAGCGCCAUGCAUCGUGGCCCCGACCAGACCCCUCUGCCCACUCCACAGCUUAGGCAACCUGCCCCGGGGAUCCAGAAUAUUGGGAUGAUUGGUUCCCUUAAUGCGUCUCAGAUGAGACCAGGAUCAAUAUCUAGUUCGCAACAGCCAAGGCCAGGUCUUCCAUCAUCAGCGACACCAUCUUCAUCUGGUAGCCAAAUGCCAGGUUCACAAAAAACCCCCAUGCAUUCUUUAACAAGACCGAUGUCUAUGGGUUCCCCUGCGGCGGCUUUACAGCAAACUCCGGCAAAUAUGUCUUCACCAUUUAGGCCACAACAAAGGCCACAAGUGCCACAACAAAGGCCACAAGUUCCACAACAAAGGCCACAAGUUCCACAACCAAGACCAUACCAUGCUGCACAAUCUGCACCUAUAGCUUCUCAACAGAAUGCACUUUCAGGACAGCAGCAGCUACCUCAGCAGCAACUUUUGCAGCAGCAACCUCAACAUCAUCAGCAGCAACAUCAGCAGCAGCAGCAGCAACAGCAAGUUCUACAGCAGCAGCAACAACAGCAGCAGCAGCAGCAGCAGCAGCAGCAACAGCAGCAGCAGCAGCAGCAGCAGCAGCAGCAAAGUCAACCACAAAGUUCCUCACAGCAAAAUACAACACUGAAAAACCAGCAGCAAGCUGCCCGAACUCCUGUCUCAUUGACUCAGAAGCCUGAUUCUCCAGCCACACUACAAGCUACUAAUAUGCAGCUUGUGGACAUGGCUUCCGCUGAUGCAGCUUCUGGUGAAUCUAGUAAUCGGCUACUCUCCAAGAGGAGUAUACAUGAUUUACUUGCACAGAUCGACCCUUCGGAAAGGCUGGAUCCUGAUGUUGAAGAUGUUCUUAUUGACAUUGCAGAAGAUUUUAUUGAAUCUGUCGGAACAUUUGCUUGUUCUUUAGCAAAGCAUAGAAAGUCUACUACUCUGGAAGCCAAAGAUGUACUCCUUCAUGCAGAGAGAAGCUGGAAUAUCACCUUGCCAGGUUUCACCGGGGAUGAAAUAAAACUAUACAAGAAGCCGCAUGUCAACGAUAUUCACAGGGAGAGGCUUACUCUGAUCAAGAAGUCAAUGGCGAGUGAAGGGAACAUAAAGACGUCUGCUGCCCAAGUUACAGCCAACCAGAAAAAUCAGACUCCAAAGCCACCUGCGACAGGUUCUCCGUGAAUGGAAAACCACCUAGCCCUGGUUGUAGAGUGUGUAGCCUUGCAAACAUAACAUGCAUAAUAUUUUUUGUAAAGCUGGAAGCAUUACAGUGCUAAGUACUAACUAAUAUGUUUGUUCCGUAGUUUUAUGGCAUGUCUCAGUUGCAACCCUGCAAAUUUAGACCCUGAACCUUGGUGAGGUAUCCGCAGUACUUAUCCAUUACAGGAUUUUGCUCAAGUGACUUUGUUCAGGCGUAGUUGAAGCAGGAGAAGCCUUGCCGUCUCAGCUACUCUGGCAAUGGCUAAAUAUGUGUAUAUAUGCUCAUGGGUGCUGUUCUCAGAUGUCCUGAAUGAGUGUUAUUUUACUAUUUGACCUCAAUCCAAGGUUUAUUAGCACGGGCA